AUGAAAGGGGUUUUCGGAGUUGUUGUGCUUCAAUUCUUUUUCUAUACAUUUUCUUUAGCCACUCGUGAAAUAACUUCAUUUGCUUCUGAUUUCGAUGUGGCUAAAAAAGUUUCUAGCAAUAUGAACGACAUGAAAUCUCAAGAAUUUUAUGUACCAAAUGCUAGAGCAAGGAGAGUAGGUUCUAGUGGUUCAAAGAAUGAAAAAUCUUCACAUUCUGUGUCAUUUUCUGAAGCAGAUAUUGGAACGAAGAGAUUGGUUCCAAGCGGUCCGAACAAUGAGACAUCUCCACCUUCUCCAUCAUUUUCUAGAGUAGAUGUUGGAACGAAGAGAUUGGUUCCAAGCGGUCCGAACAAUGCAACAUCUCCACCUUCUCCAUCAUUUUCAAGAGCAGAUAUUGGAACAAAGAGAUUGGUUCCAAGCGGUCCGAACAAUGAGACAUCUCCACCUUCUCCAUCAUUUUCAAGAGAAGAUAGUGGAACAAAGAGAUUGGCUCCAAGCGGUCCGAACAAUGCAACAUCUCCACCUUCUCCAUCAUUUUCCAAAGUAGAUAUUGGAGUGAAGAGACUGGUUCCGAGUGGUCCAAACAAUGAAACAUCUCCACCAUCUCCUUCAUCCUAUAUUGGAGUGAAGAGACUGGUUCCAAGCGGUCCGAACAGUGAAACAUCUCCACCAUCUCCUUCAUCAUUUUUUGGAGCGAAGAGACUGGUUCCAAGCGGUCCGAACAAUGAAACAUCUCCACCUUCUCCAUCAUUUUCUAGAGCAGAUAUUGUAACAAAGAGACUGGUUCCAAGCGGUCCAAACGAUGAAACAUCUCCACCUUCUCCAUCAUUUUCUUGA